GAUUGGGACCCGCUGCGGGGAGCGCGCCGGGCUGCGGCUGCUGCUCGGUCUCUAGUCUGCGGGCGGGCCACGGAAGCUCGCGCGCUCCGUGCAUCCCUCUUCUCGUCCGGCCGAGAGCUUGGGUUAUGGUAAUGUCAGCCAGACUUCUCAGAGCCCUGGCUGGAUCUCGCCAUAUUUUGUCAAAAGCAUGUCAGUGCCAAGGACUUAUUCAUCGAAUGUUAAAACCACUUAACGAAUUUGAGACUGCGGCACGCACAGCCCUGACAAGCAACCAGAACUUGGAUUUGUUCUUUCCUGACGCAGCAACUGGUGGUUUGAAUAAGUCUCAGGUCCUGCGGAUGAACCAGAAAAUAUCAAAUACAAACGUACUCCCUCCAUUCAACACUGCAUGUUGCCAGGAUGGAAAAGCUCACCUUCCAACCAGGAACUCCGUCAGUACUCACAGGAAAGUGACUCACAAACCAAAUCUGCUAGGUUCUAAGUGGUUUAUAAAAAUAUUAAGGAGACAUUCCUCAUCUGUGUCCACGGAAACAGUUUCUAAACAAGAUUUUCCGCAAAUCAAGAGACCACUGAAAGCUUCGAGGACCAGGCAGCCGUCUAGGACCAAUCUUCCGGUCCUGCCUGUGAACGAGGACCUGAUGCAAUGUACUGCGUUUGCAACCGCAGAUGAGUAUCAUCUUGGAAGCCUCUCUCAAGAUCUGACGUCCCGUGGAUACAUCGAAGUGACCAGCUUGCCUCGAGAUGCAGCAAACAUUCUGGUGAUGGGUGUGGAAAAUUCUGCAAAAGAAGGUGAUCCUGGUACAAUAUUCUUCUUCAGGGAAGGAGCUGCUGUGUUCUGGAAUGUGAAAGACCAAACUAUGAAGCAGGUGAUGCAAGUUCUAGAAAAACAUGAAAUUCAGCCCUAUGAAAUUGCAUUGGUUCACUGGGAAAAUGAAGAGCUUAACUACACAAAAACAGAGGGGCAGUCAAAACUUCACAGAGGGGAAAUCCGGUUAAAUUCAGAGCUGGAUUUAGAUGACACCAUUCUAGAGAAAUUUGCUUUCUCAAAUGCCCUUUGCCUUUCAGUGAAACUUGCUAUCUGGGAAGCAUCACUGGAUAAAUUUGUUGAAUCUAUUCAGUCGAUUCCAGAGGCUUUAAAAGCUGGGAAGAAAGUGAAACUAUCUCAUGAAGAAGUUAUGCAGAAAAUGGGUGAACUCUUUGCCCUAAGACACCGUAUAAACUUGAGUUCAGACUUCUUGAUUGCUCCUGAUUUCUACUGGGACAGAGAAAAUCUGGAAGAACUUUACGAUAAAACUUGUCGGUUCCUCAGCAUUGCUCGUAGAGUUAAGGUCAUGAAUGAAAAGCUUCAGCACUGCAUGGAGCUAACAGAUCUGAUGCGGAAUCACCUGACGGAGAAGAGGACACUCCGCCUGGAGUGGAUGAUUGUCAUCCUUAUUACCAUAGAGGUGCUGUUUGAACUGGGACGAGUAUUUUUUCUGAUUAAGUGAUGACCAAAGGAAAAGUAUGGUUGCAAGACACUCGAGUUCUGCAAUCAAACGUUAAGUAUCAUCUACUGA